CCCUUUCAAACUCCGCACAGAUAGAGAACAGCGAGAGAGAGAGAGAGAGAGAGAGAGAUGGGAAACAGUUUGAGAUGUUGUUUAGCCUGUGUUCUUCCCUGUGGAGCGCUAGACUUGAUCCGUAUAGUACACUUAAAUGGCUAUGUAGAAGAAAUAACAAGACCGAUCACCGCCGGCGAGGUUCUUAAGAGCAACCCAAACCAUGUAUUGAGUAAGCCAAGCUGUCAAGGUGUUCCACGCCGGAUUUUGAUACUAUCACCCGAGUCGGAGCUGAAGAGAGGCAGCAUUUAUUUCUUAAUACCAGCAUCUUCUUUGCCUGCAGAGAAGAAGAAAACCCUCAACUACCUCAAGAAGUCUCCCAAGAAAUGCAGCUACGGCGAGCCGGAUUUUGUUCCGGAAAGUAAUUCAGAGAAAAAUUCGUCACGCCGGGAACGGAAGAAAGGGAGAGUUGGAGUAUGGAAGCCUCAUUUGCAGAGCAUUUCUGAGGAUUAAUUUUUUAAAUGCACUGUACCUUUUUUUUCCCCCUCCUCUGUUGGGUUUAUUGAUUUUUGUGGAUAGUUUUCCUUUUAUUUUCAUUUUCUCUUCCCAUCUGCAUGUAAUACUAGCAGAUUUAGAAUUUAAUGGGCAUAUAUAAAAGGCAAAAAUUAUCUGUUUUCCCAAAGAGACGUAUAACAAAUAGAGUUUUUA